AUGUUUGAGAAUCGAGACAGAGCGCUCAAAACCUUCAAGGGCCUCAUGGCCAUCUGCGACGGCCUCUUCAAGACGCCAGCGGCGAAGCGAGAGGCAAUCGAGAGCAUCAGCCUCGCUAACAACAACAUUGACGACAUCGUCCAAGUUGAAACAGUCGCGACUACAUUUCCCCAGCUGAAAAACCUUGACAUGAGCGGCAAUCAGAUUGCAAAUAUCCAGGGCCUGGAGCGCUGGAAGGGCAAAUUCAAGGAAUUGGAGACCAUUUACACGACCGGAAACCCCAUUGAGACUGCUGAUCCCAACCUUCAAGCGACUCUCCUUCAGUGGUUCCCGAAACUGCAGGACAUCAACGGGGUGCGGGUGAGGACGGCGGAACAGAUCGCCCAACAGGAGGAGGCAUCGAAGCCCAAGCCAAUCCCACAGAGCGGGCCAGAUUUCCGUGAUGUGAACGGCAUAGGCGAAAACUUUCUCCUGGAUUUCUUCACGGCCUUCGACAAUGACAGACAAGGCCUGGUUUCGCGACUCUACGACGAAACCACCCAGUUCUCGAUUGCAGUGGACGCGCGGUCUGUUAGAGACCCCAACGCCCCUGCGCCUCUGCCAUGGUCUGCCUACAUCAAGGUGUCGCGCAACUUGACGAAGAUCACGCAUCAGAAUACGCGAGUUCAGCGACUCUUCAAAGGUGGCAAUGUCAUCUACGACCUGUGGAAGUCAUUACCCCUGACGAAGCACCCCAACAUCAAGGAGGACAUCAGCAAGUACAUCAUGGACUGCCACCCGCUUCCCGGCCUGGCAGACCCCAACGGACAGGCCCGGGUGGGCGUUGACGGCCUCAUCAUCGCCGUGCACGGAGAGUUCGACGAAUACGACCAGAAGACGAAGGAGACGGGCAAGCGCAGCUUCUCGCGAACUUUUGUCCUCGGCCCUGGCCAGGCCGGAAGGGGCCCGAUCCGAGUUGUCAGCGACAUGCUCUCGUUGCGAGCGUACAGCUCGCUACCCAACGUUUUUGUGGCGCCCGGCGGCAGCGCGCAACCCCCCAGCGCACCGGCUGCCAACGAUCAGCAUCAGGCCAUGAUUGCGGAGCUGUCGAGGCAAACGGGCAUGGUUCCAGCGUAUUCGGAGAUGUGCCUGUCCCAGGUCGAGUGGCAGUUUGACAAGGCCCUGAUUGUAUUCAACGAGAAAAAGGCAUCUCUGCCGGCCGAGGCGUUUUCUACUCCAGGGCCUCACUAG